AGUGAGAGAGAGAGAGAGAGAGAGAGAGAGAGAAUGUAUGUGACAAGACCUCGAUCUUUGUACAAAAGGGAUCCUGGAGCUCUUUUGCAUCAACCAGAGGGACCAAAUUCAGGCUGCCUUGUACUUCAAGACCAAGAAGCUGAGACUUAUGGAUGUUUUGGUUUAUGCAAGAAGGGCAUCGGUAAUCUUCCAUUUCCACAGAACAGGAACUUAACAAUUGAUUAUGCAGUGAGUACUGGACAAAGUAGUGUGGUGUAUCAAGAUGCAGUUAUUUUCAUUCCUGUUCUGAAUCAGCCUUUGUCUUCUAAUCGCUACUACGUCAUGCUAAGGAAAGGGGAGCAUCAAGGUGAAGCAAGCACAUGUUCAAAAGAAGAAGACAUGGGAACAUGUUUGUGUUGCACCUACAUCAAAGAUGUCAAAUCAAGGCCUUUGAAUCCGUCUGGUGAAUAUCAACAAUUUGAGAUAAGGAAAACGAGAUGGGGAUUCCAAGGCAAGUCUAUUGUCUCAGAUGGGUUUGCUCCUCAGUUUUUGAGGAGAAAGGGUUGGACUCUGUCCACCAAGACACCACGCCAUUACCAAUUGGGUGAAGCUCUCGGCAUCAACCCCGCCUUGAGAGCCCUGUUGCCGCCCUUCACCUUCCCAUCAUCAUCGGAUCGCUCCCAGCCGGUGGUUGUCGGAAAAUGGUACAGCCCUUUCAUGUUUAUGAAGGAAGAAGGAGUGAGUGUGAAGGAGCAGAUGAAGAGGUCAGUGUUCUAUGAAAUGACACUUGAAAGAAGGUGGGACAGAGUUUUCUCCAAGGAAAACAGUGGGAAUAGUAAUGAAGUGCUUGUGGAUGUUGUGGUGAAAACUGAAGUUGCAGGGCUGGGAGAUGGUAGAGAAGCUGUUUGGGAGGAAGGAAAAGUUGGAGAAGAGGGUGUGAUGUGGUUUAAGAGUUUGGAGAGAGGAGAGAGAAAGGUAGGGUUGAGAAUGGAGAUUGUGGAGAGAAUGAGAUGGGAAGAAGAGAGAGCUGAUUGGGAGGGAAAGAAUCGUGGGAAGAAACAAGUGACAUUUGAGAGAACGGAGAAAUUUGAGGGAUCAAGUGGAAUAGUGUGGAGGAAUUUUGGAUUCUACGUGUUGGUGGAAAGCUUCGUGUUGAAGAGAAUGGAUGGAAGCAUUGUAUUAACUUGUGAUUUUAGACACUCAAAUCAUGUCAAGUGCACGUGGGAGUAAACUAGCAAUGAUUGUAAUAUUUUUUGUAUUUGAUUUCUGAAGUGUUUGUUGAUUAGUUAUACAGUUUGGUUUAAUUAUAAUAUUAUUUAUUCUUGUACUCGUAAGUGGUUUGCAAAGAGAUGUUGAAUUUAUGUAUGAAGAGUUUGAUUUAGUGGUUUGUAAAUGAUUUU